UAUUCUUUUUCUAAAAAAUUCACAGUAGGGAAAUUUAGCCAUUUUUAGUGGUACAAAGAAUAGCGUAUUAUGUUCAUCCAGUAACUCUGCACGCGAUAUUAUCGAUUCAGAAUGGAAUAAGAUACUAGCAUUACAGAGAUAGAUGAAAAGAAUUGUAACUAAAUUAUAUUUCCGGAUUAGAAAGUGUUGAUUCGUUCAUUUUUCAUUCGUUCAAUUUUUCAUUCGUUCUCUCUUCUAAAUAAAUAUUUGUAGAUCUUUACAUUUUUAUUUUCAUUGACUAUUAUUGCUACAAAUAAAAUUUCUAUAUUUAUUAAAAUUGUACAUUAGCAAUCAAAUGUAUAUAAUGAAUACAUUACGAUUUAUUUGUCAGCGAAAUAUUCAUCAAGUUCGUCACUUUCAUAAAUGUAUUAUUCAACAGACAGAAGCAGUUGCUGCAAUGAGCACACCUCCUUUGUCGGAAUCUGUUGCUACAGAAAAUGAAUUACCAGUUAAUUCUAAAAUAGAACAAAUUGCUAAUCAAAUUGUUUGUUUAAAUCUUAUAGAAGUAGCACAAUUAAGUGAAUUACUUAAAAAGAAAUUAAAUUUGCCAGAUGCAAUGCCUAUGAGUAAUUUUGUUGCUGCUCCAGUAAAAGGAGAAGAGGAAGUUGAAGAGGCUGCAGCAGUACAAACUGCAUUUAGUGUUAAGCUAAAAAGCUUUAAUGAAAAACAAAAAAUUGCUUUAAUAAAAGAGUUGAAAAAUAUAUUACCAAAUUGUAAUCUUGUACAGGCUAAAAAAUUUGUAGAAAGUGCACCAAAUAUUAUUAAAAGUGAUCUUUCAAAACAUGAUGCUGAUGAAUUAGCAGAUCUUAUCACGAAAGUUGGUGGUAUAGUUGAAAUUGUUUAAU